GAUCAGUGGCUGGAGAGAGGGGGGGAGAGCAUGUUGCCAGUGGCUCUUCAGCAGCAGCCUUCCUGUUUCCAUCUUCUCUAACUGCACCCCAAAGCCUCAGUCUCUUCUUCAGCCAGGGACACUGAGAAGAACAAGACAUUUUGAAAGGGGGGGGAAAAGAAUCCCCAGGAACCUGCAAGUCUCUCCCAUUCAUUUUUUCCUCCAGUUUUACCAUGAACCAGGCUCUUUCCUGUCUCUGAGGAGAAAUUAAAAAGCAGAAGGGGGAAUUCAGCAAUUCUUUGGUUGCUAAGUGUGAGUGACAACUGUUAAGCAUGGCCCAAGGAGCCACUGAUCAAAGUAAUGUGGAAACUGCUGACCCAGAGGAGAGUUCUCCAAAUAUGAUUGUCUACAGAAAGAUUGAAGAUAUAAUUACAAGAAUGCAGGAUGACAAAGCAGGUGGAGUUCCCAUCCGAACAGUCAAGAGCUUUCUGUCUAAAAUCCCCAGCGUCGUCACAGGUACUGACAUUGUGCAGUGGCUCAUGAAGAACCUCAGCAUCGAGGACCCAGUGGAAGCAAUACACAUGGGAAGUCUUAUAGCAGCACAGGGCUAUAUCUUUCCAAUCUCAGACCAUGUUCUUACUCUGAAAGAUGAUGGGACCUUCUAUCGUUUUCAGGCCCCAUACUUUUGGCCUUCAAACUGCUGGGAACCAGAAAAUACAGACUAUGCCAUCUAUCUUUGCAAGCGGACCAUGCAGAACAAAGCUAGGCUGGAGCUGGCGGAUUAUGAAGCCGAAAAUUUAGCAAGACUGCAGAGGGCUUUUGCAAGGAAGUGGGAAUUCAUCUUUAUGCAAGCAGAGGCCCAAGUGAAAAUUGACAGAAAAAAGGAUAAAACUGAAAGGAAAAUUUUGGACAGCCAGGAAAGAGCAUUUUGGGAUGUACAUAGGCCAGUGCCAGGCUGCGUGAACACAACAGAAAUGGACAUCAGAAAGUGUCGCCGUAUGAAAAACCCACAGAAGGUCAAAAAGUCAGUAUAUGGGGUUACAGAAGAUUCUCAAUCCCAAAGCCCUGUACAUAUGCCCUCCCAACCCGUACGAAAAACUACAAAAGAGGACUUCCGAAAAAAAAUAACCUUUCUGAAUGUGCAGAUAGACAGACACUGUUUAAAAAUGUCCAAAGUAGCUGAAAGUUUAAUAACUUACUCAGACCAGUACAUUGAAUAUGAUCCAUUUAUAACUCCUGCUGAACCUUCCAAUCCCUGGAUAAGCGAUGACGCUACUUUAUGGGACAUAGAAAUGAGCAAAGAGCCCAGCCAACAACGUGUGAAAAGAUGGGGCUUUUCUAUAGAUGAGGUGCUGAAGGAUCCAGUGGGGCGAGACCUGUUCCUUCGUUUUCUGGAGUCCGAAUUCAGUUCAGAAAACCUCAGGUUUUGGUUGGCUGUCCAAGAUCUCAAAAGACAACCUUUGCAGGAUGUAGCCACCAGAGUGGAGGAAAUCUGGCAAGAGUUUCUAGCUCCAGGGGCACAAAGCCCUAUCAACCUGGACUCUCACAGCUAUGAGAGAACAAGUCAAAACGUCCAAGAUCCGGGGAGAUACACGUUUGAAGAUGCCCAGGAGCACAUUUACAAGCUGAUGAAGAGUGACAGCUACGCACGUUUCCUCCGUUCUAACACGUACCAAGACUUAUUGCUGGCGAAGAAGAAGCCAGAGAAUGAGCAAGGUCGUAGAACUUCUCUAGAAAAGUUCACUCGCAGUGUGGGAAAGUCUCUGGCAGGCAAGCGCCUCACAGGCCUGAUGCAAUCCUCCUGACAGCCUCAGCUGGACACGCAGUUCCUGACAUCCCUGAAGGACAGCUGCACUCCACCUCCAUGGAGGAAGUUUCAUUUUGGGGAGAAUGGGUCACUGUGAGAGAGAGUGCGAAUGAGAGCAAGGGGAGACAAAGGAGCACAAGGUGGAGAGAUCAGCUCACCGGAGGUUCCUCUUUUCAUAGUUUACAUCAACACUUUCUUACUUGUACAGCUUUGUAAUGACACUGAGUUCUAUAAAGGUACUUUGGUUCCUACUUGGUUCAAAGGAGCACACUUCAUUGUAUACGAAAGGUCAACAAGGCAGAGGGCUUAGUAGCUUAUGAGGAAAGGAAUCAGUCCCAACCAUAGCCUAGAGAAAGAAGAGCUGAGCGAGAUCAGUAUUUAGCCUUCAUCUCUUCUCUCCCUGGUAAAUGCCACCACCACCAUGGCCACUUGCUCUUUUUCUGGUGACCAUCCGGGUCCAAUAAAAUAUCUACUAGAAGCUGCUUCUCCUGCUCAAAAAAUGCCUAAUUCACGUCUGCUGUGGAUGGAAGCAAUUUAAUUGACUUUAUAUUUUUUUUCGUUCCUCUCCUCUUUUAAACCAAUGGUUGAAAAAGCACUUUUUAGCUCUUCACUUGCUGUCCUUCCAAGGGCAUGUAGCAUGUCCAAAGAUACAUGGCCAGAUCAUCAUCUGAAGACAGUGGAGCUUUAAUGAUUUACACUAGCUGAGGAUCUAGCCCAUACGGUCAGAUGCUGAUCUCUGUGUAAAUCCUCUGCCUUCAGCAGAGUUACUCUGCAUGUACAUUAGCGUGAUCAGCAUCUGCCCCAUGGUCACCAGGCAAAGAUUUAGAUGUAUAAUAUAUACACACAUAGUGAUAUGUUCAAUAUUGUAUUUGCUUUCCUAUUUCUUUUAAGAAUUUUUUACAUACUUAUCAUUUUUUUUUCAAUUUAAUUGAAAAUCGCUUGACCUGAACCACUUUGGGAAAACUUCUAGCCACUCCAAACAGAGAGGGCCAAAAUCUGCACAUUUAUGCAGGUAAAGCUAACUUAAUUGACCUCAGUUGGUCACUCAGGAUUUACAACUGAGGGGAAAAUUCAGAGAGGAGAGGAUUCCUGGUUAAGGUUACCCAAGGGUGGAGCAGAAGCAUGUUGUGAAUGACACCAGAGAACACUUUUUGAAUAGUAAUGGGCACUGCCAGGUCCUUUCUUUAAUUCUCAGCUAUGCCAUUCCUCUGGGAUGUGCCAUUUCUAAUAACAUUAGAAAAAUGAGGAUUAGCUGAAACUUUGUGUGACAUCAGGCCCAGGAGUACACCUGGAAGAAUGACCCAGAGGCUUCCCAACACUAUUCUCAGUAGCCUCUGUAAGGGCUGAGAAAUGUGUCUUGGGAGAGGGGAGGAUGAGGAAAGAACUGAAGUAAACUAAUUCAUUUGGCUAAUAAUAAAACCCAGGUAUAGUAGCUGCAGACGUGGAAAAUGACCUGUAGUCAACUGCAGCAUAUUGUACAUAGACAAAACCUUCCAAAAUCUUUACCAAAUGUGGCUGUUUGUUAGUGCCACAAAAACUGCCUAAUGAGUGAUGAUAGUUUUAAGUUCAUGAACUAGCAAGUGGUUCAGAAUAAGUACCUGUCUAUUGCCUUUCUUCACUCACACACUAAGAUGUCUUUUGGUGCAGGUGGUAGAAACUUCUGAUAAAGGGUCCAAUCCUGCAUUCCUACUCAGGCAGAACUAGCUAGCUUAUCCAUUUAGCUAUCUACAAUAGAUGUGCAAUGCCGACGGACCCCGAUCGCUAGCGGGCAGGAUUGAACCUGGCUAUGAGUAUCUACCGUAUGAGCUAAAAGCCACCUGUCUGUUAGCUAAAGCUGUAGAGCAGACUCAUUAAUCUCUAAGUGGCUUCGGUGCCACUAGAUGGGACAGAACACCAUACCCAGAAGUUGUGUAAGUUACAUAUGCACUUCAGAUGCACUAGUAUCUAAGCUCUAUGUAUAUUCAAAAUUAGGAUAACACAAUUUCUGUCAGAAAAAAAAGACCUCUUCCUCUUCUCACUCCCCACUGAAAUGAAAUGCCCCACAAGGGCACUUUAUUGCUUCCAGGAAACUCGUGUUGUGUUUCAGGAUACAUCAAUGGAAGUUUUGCCUAAGUGAGUGCAGGAUUGAGCCCUUUGCCUGUAUGAAUACACAGUAGAGUUUUGAGGGGUGAUAUUUGUUAUCUUUUGCUUUAUUGUCAUAAAUAGUAUGUUAACCUAGA